CGGACGGCGGCUGGCGGCGUCUUCGGCCCAGGCCAGGUCCGGCUCGGCUCCAUCUUGGGCAGCUGCGCCGGGCACCUGUGGCGGCCGCAGGAGCAGCGCUUCUGCCGGCCUGCGCGGCCCCGGGCGGGCGAGAGGGCAGCCAUGAGAUCCAGCCGCCCUGAGCCUGGGGCCCGGGAACCCCUGAGCCCCUGCCCUCAGCCCCUAUCCCGGAGCUCCUCCAGCCUGAUGGGUGAGGGCCAGGGGCAGAGACCAGAGCUCCGCAAGAGCACCAGCAGCACUGUAUGGCAGGCCGAGCCGGGUGAGGCCAGUGCCGGUCCCCAGGUCCCAGAGGAGGAGGGGCUCCGGGCUGAGAGCGAGGAGCAGGUACAGGCCUCCAGCCCCCAGCCACAGCCCAGAGCUGUGGGUCACUGGCGGAGCAGCACUGUGGGCAACGUGUCUACAGUGGGUGGCGGUGAACUGUGUCGCCUGCAGGACCCCAGCGCCGCUGCUGUGCAGAGAAGUCACUCGGACCUGGUCCACAGCACCCAGACCCAGGGCCACAGCGGUGCUCGAAAGGCCAGCCUCAGCUGCUCAGCCCUGCGUAGUUCGCCUGUCCACAGGGCUCAGCUGCAGCCCAGCAGCACUUCUGGACAGGGCAGCCAGGCCCCCGCAGGCCUGGAAAGGGACCUGGCUCCAGAGGAUGGGACUUCGAACUCAGCCUGGACCCUGGGGGAGAGUCAGAUGAGGGUGCUGCCGCCAGACCUGGGAGGCACUGUGGCGCACAGCAGCAGCCCCAAGGCCACGGAGCAGUUGGCCACCACCUCCUGCCAUGCUCUGCCCCCAGCAGCUCUACUCUAUGGCAUGAGGGAGGUGGGGGCCAGUGGCUGCUGUCAUGCCUUGCCUGCCCCAGGGAUCCUGGCCUUUCCCAAACUAGUGGCAUCAGUGAGUGAAUCUGGGCUGCAGGCUCAGCAUGGGGUGAAAUUCCAGUGUAGGCUGCCUGGGGGGCUUCCUGGGCAUUCCCACUGCUGUGCCCACCUUUGGGGUCCCACCGGGUUAGCCAUGGAGCCUGGCACCAGGACCAAGGAUGUGUGGACCAUGACCUCAGCCAGUGACUUGGCCUCUGUCUUGGCGUCCCCUCUGUCAGCCCAGGAUGCUGGUGUGCAGGCGGCUCCCAAGGCAGUCUGCAAGGCUGUGGCCACUAGCCCGCCCCUGGAAGCCCCUGUGGCACUGCACACAUUCCCAGAGGUAACUCUGGGCUCCAGCCUGGAGGAGGCACCGUCCCCUGUGCGGGAUGUGCGAUGGGAUGCCGAGGGAAUGACAUGGGAGGUGUAUGGAGCUGCAGUGGACCCUGAGGUGCUCGGCGUGGCCAUCCAGAAGCACCUGGAGAUGCAGUUUGAGCAGCUACAGAGGGCACCUGCCAGCGAGGACAGCCUGUCUGCCGAGGGCCGGAGGGGACCGCUUCGAGCUGUCAUGCAGUCCCUGCGGCGCCCCAGCUGCUGUGGCUGCUCCAGCACAGACCCCGAGUGAGGCAGGGCAGCCCUUUCUGCUGUCCUGGGCCCAUGGACUCAGCCCUUGGGACAGUGGGAGCCCCGUGCUCUUUGGACUCACUGGCACCCAUGGACGUGUUUCUGUUCCUGGCUGCCUGCGGACCAGAGGACUGCAGCCUGGGGGCUUCCUGCCCCCUGCAGCCAGGCUGGUUAAGGGCUUGAUUCUCAGGAGCCACAUCUGCACAUGUGGGCUCUGAACUCUCGGGCAGUUUCAGCACUGUGCGAAAGGGGGAUCCUGACUUUUCUGUAAAAAUCCUCCACCUUCUGUUCAGUCUCUUCUCAUAACUCUGCUGUGAUUUCCCUGGA